AAUUGAGCUGUACAAAGGCAAAAAGAGGCAUGAAGUUCCACCACACGUGUAUGCUAUUGCUGACACAGCAUAUCGCAGCAUGCUCCAAGAUCGAGAGGACCAAUCUAUUCUAUGCACAGGUGAAUCUGGUGCAGGUAAGACAGAGAAUACCAAGAAGGUGAUCCAGUACCUGGCAUAUGUAGCCGCAUCUCUCAAGUCAUCAAGGCAGUCCACCUCAACUAUACACAGUAUCCAGCCAGGACACACGACAGAGCAUUGGACUGUUCUUCAAGGCGAGUUAGAGCAGCAACUUCUUCAAGCCAACCCCAUUCUAGAGGCCUUUGGCAAUGCUAAGACCAUCAAAAAUGACAACUCUUCACGAUUUGGUAAAUUCAUCCGUAUCAACUUUGAUGCAUCAGGUUACAUCUCUGGAGCCAACAUAGAGUCCUAUCUGUUGGAGAAAUCCCGUGUGAUUCACCAGGCAGAAAUCGAGAGGAUGUUCCACAUAGCCUACCAGCUUCUUGCUGGAGCCACACCUGACAUGAGAAAGGAGCUUCUGCUGGAAGACAUCAGGAAGUACCGCUAUAUCACCAAUGGGCCUAACCCUGUGCCAGGAGUGGACGAUGUGGAGACCUUCAAGGAGACCCUGGAGGCCAUGAACAUCAUGGGGAUGUCUGAGGAAGACAGAUACGGGGUUUUAAGGGUAGUAUCAGCAGUCCUACAAUUUGGUAAUCUAGCCAUACAGAAUGAAAGGAAAUCAGACCAGGCCAUUAUUCCAGAUAACACAGUCGCUCAGAAGAUCUGCCACUUGCUUGGAGUGAAUGUGACAGACUUCACAAGAGCAUUCCUGAAACCCAAGAUCAAGGUGGGCCGCGACCAUGUCACCAAGGCACAGACAAAGGAACAGGUUGAAUUUGCCGUUGAAGCUAUCACCAAAGCAAUUUAUGAGCGCAUGUUCAAAUGGCUGGUGACCAGAAUCAACCGUUCUCUGGACAGAACCAAGAGACAAGGAGCUUCCUUCAUUGGGAUCCUGGAUAUUGCAGGAUUUGAGAUCUUUGGAACAAACUCGUUUGAGCAGCUGUGUAUCAAUUAUACCAAUGAGAAGCUUCAGCAGCUGUUCAACCACACUAUGUUUAUCCUGGAGCAGGAGGAAUACCAGAAAGAGGGCAUCGAGUGGAAGUUUAUUGACUUCGGGCUGGAUCUUCAACCCACCAUUGACCUCAUUGAGAAGCCUAUGGGAGUGCUGUCAUUGUUGGAUGAGGAGUGUUGGUUCCCCAAGGCCACAGACAAGUCCUUUGUGGAGAAGCUGGUCUCUCAACACAACACACACCCCAAGUUCCAGAAAUGUGACUUCAAGAGCCAGGCAGACUUUAGUCUCAUCCAUUAUGCUGGAAAGGUUGAUUAUGCUGCCAAAAUGUGGCUGAUGAAGAACAUGGACCCCCUGAAUGAGAAUGUGGUCAACCUGUUGCAGACAUCCUCAGACAACUUUGUGGCCACUAUCUGGAAGGAUGUUUCUUUUGGCAAGGGAUCAGGGAAGACGGAGAUUGUUGGUAUGGGGAAUGUUGAGGCCUCAGAGACUGCCUUCGGGAACAGAACUCGCAAGGGCAUGUUCCGCACAGUGGGGCAGCUUUACAAGGAGCAGCUCACCAAGCUGAUGACCACACUACGUAACACCAACCCCAACUUUGUCCGUUGCAUCAUUCCAAACUAUGAAAAGAAGGCUGGUAAGAUAGACUCUGGUCUCGUCCUGGAUCAGCUGCGCUGUAAUGGUGUCCUGGAGGGUAUACGUAUCUGCCGUCAGGGCUUCCCCAACAGGAUUGUAUUCCAGGAGUUCAGGCAGAGAUACGAGCUGUUGACGCCCAGUGUUAUUCCUAAGGGCUUUAUGGACGGAAAGAAAGCUUGUGAACUGAUGAUCAAGGCCUUGGAACUGGACCCCAAUCUGUUCAGAGUUGGUCAGAGUAAGAUCUUCUUCCGUGCUGGAGUUCUUGCCCACCUGGAAGAGGAGAGAGACUUGAAACUAACCGACAUUAUCGUGUCCUUCCAAGCGCGUGCCAGAGGUCUACUCGCCAGAAGAAACUACCAGAAGCGCCUGCAGCAGUUGAGUGCCAUACGUGUGAUCCAGAGGAACUGUGCUGCCUACCUAAAACUCAGGAACUGGCAGUGGUGGAGACUGUUCACUAAGGUGAAACCAUUGCUCCAAGUCACCAACCAGGAGGAGAAGGUGCGUCAUGUCGAGGAGGAGCUGCACCACUUCAAGGAACAGUUUGAGAAGAACAAAACUGAUAUGGUGGAACUGGAGAGAAAGCAGCAACAAUUGAUGGAGGAGAAGAAUGUGCUGGCUGAGCAACUGCAGGCAGAAACAGAGCUGUGUGCUGAGGCUGAGGAGUCUCGUGCACGCUUGGCUGCCCGUAAACAAGAAUUAGAAGAGAUUCUCCAAGAUUUGGAAGCCAGAAUAGAAGAGGAAGAGGACCGUGCUAAUCAAACCAUGCAGGAGAAGAAAAAGCUGCAGCAGAAUGUUCAAGACUUGGAAGAACAGCUUGAAGAAGAGGAGCAGGCCCGGCAGAAACUGCAACUUGAGAAAGUUGCAGCAGAUUCCAAAAUCAAGAAAUUGGAAGAAACUGCAGCUGUCAUGGAUGAUACCAACCAUAAGUUAACAAAAGAAAAGAAGUCUCUUGAAGAACGAUUGAAUGAAGUGAUAUCCAACUUAGGCGACGAAGAAGAAAAGUCCAAACAGUUGGGCAAAUUAAAAACCAAAUAUGAAGCUAUCAUUGCCGAUCUGGAAGAAAGACUUAGAAAAGAACAAGAAGCAAGGCAAGAAUUGGAAAGGAUCCGUAGAAGAUUAGAAACGGAACUGAAUGAUAUAAGAGAACAGCUGAAUGAGAAGAAAAUGCAGGUGGAGGAUCUCCAAGCACAGCUAUCGAAGAGAGAUGAAGACCUACAGCAAACCUUGGCAAAGGUUGAUGAUGAAGUCAGCCAAAAGUCGAACUACGUAAAACAGAUCCGUGAAAUGGAGAACCAGGUCCAAGAGAUCCAGGAGGAUCUGGAGGCAGAGAAGGCAGCAAGAAACAAAGCAGAGAAGCAAAAGAGGGACUUAGGGGAGGAACUGGAAGCUCUGAAGAGUGAGUUGGAAGACUCUCUGGACACCACAGCUGCCAUGCAGCAGGUUAGAACAGCCAGAGAGCAAGAGGUGACCUCUCUCAAGAAAUCCCUGGAGGAAGAUCACAAAACCUUUGAACUCCAGAUAGCAGACAUGAGACAGAAACACACCGCCCAGAUAGACCAGCUGCAGGAACAGAUGGAGUCAGCUAGAAGGGCUAAAGCUAAUGUAGACAAAGCUAAGUCCACACUAGAAGCAGAAAACAUAGAUAUGGCCAAUGAGAUCAAACAGCUAUCAACAGCCAGACAAGAAGCGGAAAGGAAGCGUAAGCAGGCGGAGUCUCAGCUCCAAGAGAUCUCGUUGCGUCUUGCCGAGGCAGAACAAGCCCAGGAGGAGCAGGCCUCCAAGCUGUCACAGUUGCAGCAAGAGUCGGAGCAGUCGUCCAGUCAGUUAAUCGAAGCAGACACCAGGGCCUCCCAGCUGUCCAAGCAGGUGGGAUCACUCGAGUCUCAGCUGGCUGAUGCACAGGAACUUCUCAGUGAAGAAACACGCCAGAAGCUGAGCACACAGUCCAGACUGCGUCAAACAGAGGAGGAGAAGGAAAAUCUCCUGGAUCAACUUGAAGAGGAAGAGGAGGCCAAGAAGAACUUGGAGAAACAAGUGGCUCACCUCUCGGCACAGAUGGGCGAGUUGAAGAAGAAGGCAGAAGAGGAUGCUCGUAUAGGAGAAGAAUAUGAGGACUACAAGAAGAGAGUCAACAGAGACACCGAGGCCCUUAGACAGCGCGUGGAUGAACUCACUGCCACCAAUGAUAGGUUGGAGAAAUCAAGGAAGAAGAUGCAGGCUGAGGUUGAGGAUCUCAAUGUGGCCCUGGAGGGACAAAGAGCCACAUACAGCCAGCUGGAGAAGAAGCAGAAGAAGUUUGACCAGAGUUUGGCUGAGGAGAAGGCAGUGUCUGAAAGACUUGGCCUUGAGAAAGAACAGGCUGAGCGUGAGUGCAGAGACAGAGAGACCAAGAUCAUGGGUCUGCAGAGAGAGCUGGAGGAGAUGAGGGACAGAAUGGAGCAGUCUGAACGUCUGCGCCUGCAGCAACAGCGUGAGCUGGAAGAUCUUAUGUCCUCAAAGGAUGAUGUAGGCAAGAAUGUCCAUGACCUGGAGAAGGCCAAGCGUACCCUGGAGGGCCAGGUUGAGGAGCAGCGUAUCCAGAUUGAGGAGUUGGAGGAUGAGUUGCAGGCCACAGAGGAUGCCAAGUUGAGACUGGAGGUGAACAUGCAGGCCAUGAAGGCGCAGUUUGACCGAGAUCUGCAGACCAAGGAGGAGCAGGUGGAGGAAGGAAAACGCAGCUUGGUGAAACAGCUGAGAGAGUUGGAGGCUGAGCUUGAGGAUGAACGCAAGCAGAAGACUGCCGCCAGCAAUGCCCGUAAGAAACUGGAGGGAGACCUGAAGGAUAUGGAACAGCAACUGGACAUGGCUAGCAGACUCAAGGAAGAUGCUGUCAAACAACUCAGAAAAUUCCAGGGCCAGAUGAAGGACUACCAGCGCGAGCUUGAUGAGGCCAACCACCAGAAGGACGAGGCUCUGUUGGCUUCCAAAGAAAAUGAGAAGAAACUGAAGGCUCUAGAGGCAGAGGUUAUCCAGCUCCAGGAGGAACUGUCUUCAAGUGAGAGAAACCGCAAGCAGGCACAGGCAGAGAGAGACGAACUCCAGGAUGAGAUCAAUAACAGUGCUAACAGCAAGAGUGCCUUACUCGAUGACAAGAAGCGUUUGGAGGCCAGAAUUGCUCAGUUGGAGGAAGAAUUAGAGGAGGAACAGAGCAACAUGGAGAUCUUAGUGGACAAGGCUAGGAAGAAUGGGGUACAGAUCGAGCAGUUGACCACUGAGCUGGCUGCAGAGAGAUCGUCCACCCAGAAAUUGGAGAAUGCCCGGAUGUUGCUGGAGAGACAAAACAAGGAGCUGAAGGCCAAGCUCCAGGAGCUUGAGGAGGUCACAAAGACCAGGAACAAGGCCACCAUUGCCGCUCUAGAGAGCAAGAUUGCCAGCAUGGAGGAGAACCUGGAGACUGAAGCCAGAGACCGUCAGGCCCUUGCCAAGUCCAACCGUCGCCUGGAGAAGAAGCUGAAGGAAAUGGUGAUGCAGGUGGAGGAUGAGCGCAGACAUGCUGACCAGUACAAAGAUCAGGUGGAGAAGACAAACUCUCGCGUGAAGCAACUGAAGCGACAGUUGGAUGAGGCAGAAGAGGAAGUGACAAGGCUGAACGCAAAGAGCAGGAAACUCCAGAGGGAACUGGACGAGCAGAAUGAACAGAAUGAGGUCAUGACCCGAGAGGUCACUUCACUCAAAUCUAAAAUGAGACGAGGAGGGCUUGAUAGGGAAUCGAGGACGACAGCACGAUCCAGUCUCCUAAGCUCAUACAGGACCAGCACAGUGCCAUCUACAGCUUCUACUGGGGACAGCGAGGAUGAGAAAGAUGAACAAACAUCACAGGUGGAGGGUAACGGAAUGGCACAGAAUGCUGAUGGUUAGGCUCUGAGCUGGCUUCAUACUCCUUGGCACUCUGACUGAUAUGAAUUCAUAGGAAGACCAUUUGGAAGAUGCUGUCAAAAAAUGGAGACUGAUAUUUCAUAGAGUGUAAUUGAUGCUGAGGAUGAAUUCAUGUUUCUUCAUUAAGGGUGUCACAAGUUAAGUAAAGAGCCUACAUUGGUUGGACUCUGCCAUAUAACUAUGGCAACUUAUGUAAACAUACACAAUAUGUGAUAUAGCAAUUUGAAUGAAUAAGAAGAAAAAAA